UGAUUGGCUGCUGGAGAAAGAUGUCCACAAAUGGGCGUGAUCUUUAGCAACAUCAACAAAGGAGAGAAAAAGAGAAAGAAGAAAGACCAGAAGGAAAAGAGCUGAAGCAGAAAGAACAGAUAUGUGGAUUUAACUGGCAAUAACAGAUAAAAUAUUGUGGUUAAACCGAAGGAUCUUCCACUGCCAGCCGAGAAAUGGAUGGCUUCAAGCUGAUGAGGGAGCUGCGGGUGAACUAUGAGCAGGAGGUUCAUUAUCUCCCUAAAGAAACUGGACUCGCCCUCAUUGAAUCCACAACACAGGAUGACGGGCGGAUCUCAGCCAGAUGCAGAGAUGCCAAAGUGGAGGACCUGUGGAGUUUGACCAGCUUCUUUGGUUACAGCACACAGACAUUUGUCCUGGCUGUUAACCUGCUAGACAGAUUCCUGGCCACGAUGAGGAUCCAGCAGAAGCAUCUGUCCUGCGUCAGCCUUAGCUGCCUUCACAUGGCGGCCAAAGUGACAGAGGAGGAGUGCAACCUGACACCAAGCGUCGAGCUCAUUCGUAUCGGACAGUGUAGGUUCACUGCGUCCGACCUUGGCCGCAUGGAAAAGAUCAUCACUGAGAAACUCAACUUCAAGCCUAAAGCUAUCACUGCCUUAACGUUCCUGCAGUUGUACCACCAGAUCACACUUUCAUACUCCACAGACAGGAAGGACGCUUUAAGUUUGGAGAAGCUGGAAGCUCAGCUCAAAGCCUGCCUGUGCCGGAUCUCCUUCUCUAAAGCAAAGCCGUCUAUCUUGGCCUUGUCCCUCCUGAGGAAAGAGAUUGAAGCCAUUCAGUCAGAGGACAUGCUGGAAAUAGUUUAUCACAUCCAAAGACACUUGAAGAUUGCUGACAGCGACUUGCUGAUGUGGAGUGAACGGGUGGCCCAGUGUCUGUCGGACUACGCUUCCCCUGAGUGCAGCAAACCCAAUCACAGGAAGCUGCAGUGGAUCGUGUCGCGGCGGACCGCCCAGAACCUGCACAGCUACCGCAGUGUCCCGGAGCUGCCUACCAUCCCUGAGGGCUGCUGGGAUGAGAGUGAAAGUGAGGAUUCAUGUGAGGACAUGAGUUCAGGUGAGGAGUCUCUAAGCAGUUCUCUGGGCAGUGACGCUGAAGGGCCCUUCUUCCCCCUGCACCUGCACCACCAGAAACACCACCAACACCUCCUCAGUUGAAGCCGCCGCCUUCUGACAUAUUUAAUUUUUUUAUAAGCUCUGGUACUGCUGGAGAAUCACAGAAUGACUUUCAGCCGAGAAGCCUGCCUCUUCCUGGUAGUUAGUUUGUUGAGUUUGUAGAUGUGUUGGUGCAUGUUGAUGUCACAUUCCAGAACGUGGUAAUUUAGUAAUGCACAGGCUGAAGUUUGGUGGGUGGAGUCCAGUCCACUCUUUGAUGGUGCUGAGCCAGCAAUGCUGCAGUUGGCCAGAUAUGUUCUGUGUCUGACUGUCUGUUCACACCAGAAACAGUUCUCAAUUACAAGGAGAUAAUUUGCCAAAACAUGUUUAUUUAAUGUAUUGUUUUUGACUUUUAUGUAUGGAAGACUUUUUAUUAGUAGUUUUACUGAUGUGCAGAAGCUGAGUUGACAGUUUUGGGAUGUUCAGAUUGAUUUAAAAGCUGUUGCUUUUUUGAUCCACAGUAGUAAUGUUUGAUUUGCACAUAAAAACCUUAUUUCAGGUGUUUCAGAAUCUGUGUUUACAGAAAGGUUUCCUUCAGAUUCAAACCCUGCUAAUACAGCAGGUGUGUGUUUGUGGAUGUGUGUGUGUGGAUGUGGGCUCAGCCUUGGUUUCUGUUUAAUGUUGCCAAUUUAAGGAUGUAGCUUGGAAACUGUUCACGUGUAUGGAACUAAUGUUGACCAAGUGUCAAAAAAACUGAAAAAUGUUCGUAAAAACAUGUAAAACUGUAAAUGAUGUACAAAAAAAAUAUGUUAAUAAUUUUUUGUAGAUAUUAAUUUAUUUAUUGUUUUUGUCUCCUGUGUUAAGGAAAAAAAUCUUAUAAAAAUCUUAUUUUUAA